AUGUCAAUUUCAGUGGAAGGUGGAGAGGAAAAAAAUAAUCAGGAGGCUGAUGCAGAAGAAGCACCAAAUGCUCAUGCUGCUGAGAUGUCUUGUAGCCUCUCAUUAAUAGAACCUGCAUGUUCCAGCCCUGAGAUACAGGGAACUGCAAAAAUGAGAAGAAAUGCCGCAGCUUCCAGACAUUCGGUUUCUCUUUUUGAUGAUAAUGAAAGUCAACAGUCAAAAUCUAUGCAAAGAAAGAGAGUGCUUCCAUCUUGGAUGCUGGAGAAAGAUCUCCUGGUUCAGAGGGUUUCUGAGCCUGCAAUGAAAGGAGGUAAUAGAAUGAAGAAAGUCCAAGGAAAUGGAGAAAGUAAUAUGGAGUCCUUAAAAUCAGAAGGAGAUGUUCAGCAGAAAAAAAGAUUAGCUUCUGAAGAAACUGGAGAGGAUUUUGGAAGUGAAGAGCGAGAUCAAAGGAAAAGGAGUUGCCUUUCCAUCCCUGCCCCUUCAUCUCAGAAUACAUCUGGACUUCCUCUUGAGAGUACCAGGAGAAACAUGGAAGGAUAUGGCAAGACUGGAACAAAAAGCCCUGGAAGUUCUCUGGAGAACAAUGAUAGGCAGCUGCAUAGUAGAAGGUCUAAAAGAGUAGUUCAGAGCUCCAGUAAAGAAAGUAGAAUUGAGGAAACAGAAAACAAAGAGCAGAUAACUGGUUCUACAAGCCAACAAGCUCACUGGGGCAGGACUUCCCAAUAUUUGGGUGCCCAGGAAGGGAUUCUUGAGCCUGAUGCAGAUCUGGAUUACAAGACUGAGAUUUCUGAUUCAACCACAAGUGCAGAUGCUUCAGAAAGCUCCAAACAAAUCAAGCAUAAGAGGACACCUUGCAUGUAUGGAGCAGGCUGUUACAGGAAGAAUCCCCUCCACUUCCAGCAGUUCAGUCACCCUAAUGAUGAUGACUAUCAUGAAGCAGAGGCCAUAACUCAGGAUAGCAACGAUAACCGGCCCGAGUGUCCGUAUGGAACAGCUUGUUACAGGAAGAAUCCACAGCACAAGCUAGAAUACAAGCACAGUGCACCUCCUGUAACUGAAAGAAGAACCAGACAACGACCUUCGAAGAACGGAAAAAGGGCUGUGGAGAAAGACAUUGCCAGUGAUGAUGAACCAAAUGAAGAUGACCUUAAUGACAGCUUUAUAGAUGAUGAGGAAGAGGAGUGUGAGCCUACUGAUGAAGACUCUGACUGGGAACCAAGUUCAGAAGACAAAGAUAAUGAAGAUGUGGAAACACUUUUGCAGGAAGCACGAAGAUUCACCAAGACCAGAAAGUAGCUGCCUGGAACAGCCUUUUGAAUGCCCAGCGUGACUGUGGUGAAACAGGGAUGCACAAGGGGAGGAACUGCCUUGGAAACUCUUCUCCUCAGUGACGUAGAUGCUGCAGGAAGAUCUUAGUGGUGGUAAAGGGGUUUCAGCUCUGCCUUCCUUUUCCACCUGUGUUACACUUCCAUGGGUGGCUGGGGGGAUUUUGGGUUGUAAGGGAUGGAAGUGGAGGACUGAGUCCCCAGAGUUCCGUUGGGCUUUUUUCUCAUCUUAUUCCUUUUUGGAACACCACUGAAACACAAACUUUAAAAUUGUUACUGCUGCUUUUUGCUGUGCUUGAGGGAAAUGCUGGCACCAGGAAAGCCUUUUGUCCUGUGUUGAGUU